GAGGAUGCACAGAAGAUAAUGCGGUCGGUGAAAGAUGACACAGCAAUAAUGUGGGGGUGCCGGUGAGGCAGCGGUUUAACCACAGUUGAAUCAUGGGAAAUGUGGAGAGUCAAAAUGGGGUCAGUGGUUUCAAUGGCGAUGUGACGGGACAUCUCUCCCGCAAGCACACUUCACGCUCCCUUCGUCUCUCCGACAAGCAACCAAUCACCCGUCGCUCCCGGACCUCUUCUUCAGUGAAACAGGAACACAGGAACUCUGAAGCCUCAACUCGCUCUUCCAGCACCCCUAGCAUCCCACAAUCCUUAGCAGAGAACGGACUGGAAUCUUUCACAACAGAUGCGUUUGGAGAGUUCGGCAUCAACCCUCAUUGGACACAGCGAGUUGCUAUGACAAUGAGGCCGGAGUCCUAUCAGCAUGAUGACGACCCCUUGGCCACACCGACUCCUGAAACCUCAGAGGCGGACACUGUCGCUCAUGAUGGAGGAGAGGACUCCAUGGGGGAGGGGGAUGGAGACAUUGUUGGAGAAGGAAGGUACCUCCAACGAAUGACUGAGGGUCCCCAGGAGGGAGGGAGUUUCAAAAAGAAGCGGUCAAAGUCGGCGGAUAUGUGGAGAGAGGACAGCCUGGAGUUUUCUCUGUCUGACCUGAGCCAGGAACAUCUGACCAGCACUGAGGAGAUGAUAGAUGGAGGAGAGGAAGAGGAAGAGGAGCAGUUCACACGCCCCAGGGGAACUGCAGGCUCUGCUGAAAGGGCAUCAUCUCUGGACCAUCUGUGCAGCCAGCAGAGCCCUGGCCUCAGGGGGCAAAGGAGCCGCUACACAAAGAACCGGAGAGACACCGAGUGCGAUGGAGAUGGAGAAGGGGAGGAGGGACUGAUGUCUCCUGAGGAGGAUGGUGGCGGGUACGGAGCUUUUACGCUCCCUUGCCGGCGCUCCCACUGCCUGUCUGAGGGCUUGGCAGGGCUCGGCAUCACGGCUGCACCAUGCCCUGCUUUCCAGGGACGACGCGCACAAACAACUCAGGACAUUUCAGGUGUUUUAGGUGAGGGUAGUGAGUAUGGCGACAGUGGCAUCGAUGGUGUCACCACGGAGAUAGAUGGGGACGGAGAGUUGGUUUCACGGCGCUGUAAGGCCAUGUCGGCGUCUUUCUCAGUGUACUCAGCGACUGAGAGCAGCAUUUUCAACGGCAGCGACAGCGGAAGUAGCAGCGCAGGAGGAGGAGAAGGAAGAGGUGGUGAAGGAUGCAGGAGUGGCAUUUAUGAGAACUUCCGGAAGGAGCUGGACAAUCAAACACAUCAGGAGGCGGGCUCAGCUGUAAGUGAUGAGCAGAGCAGUGGCACGCUCAGUAGUGCUUAUCCAUCAGACGCUCUGAUAGGCUGUGCACAAGGCACAGUCAGGAAAGCAGGGGCUCUGGCAGUGAAGAACUUCUUGGUUCACAAGAAAAACAAGAAGGUGGAACCUGCUACAAAACGCAAAUGGAAACACUACUGGGUCUCUCUAAAAGGCUGCACUCUUUUCCUGUAUGAGUCAGACGGACGUUCAGGGAUUGAUCAUAACAGCGUUCCCAAACAUGCGUUGUGGGUGGAGAACAGCAUUGUCCAGGCUGUACCUGAACAUCCUAAGAAAGACUUUGUCUUCUGCCUUAGCAACUCAGUAGGAGAUGCUUUCCUCUUCCAGACAUCAGGCCAAACAGAACUAGAGAACUGGAUCACAGCGAUCCACUCAGCAUGUGCUGCUGCUCUUGCUCGGCAGCACCACAGGGAGGACACAGUACGAUUGCUGCGAACAGAGAUCCGAAAGCUGGAGCAGAAGAUCGACAUGGAUGAGAAGAUGAAGAAGAUGGGGGAUAUGCAGCUGUCCACCGUCACCGACGCCAAGAAGAGGAAGACAAUACUGGAGCAGAUCUUCCUGUGGGAACAGAAUUUGGAGCGGUUCCACAUGGAUCUGUUUCGUUGUCGGUGCUACCUGGCCAGCCUGCAGGGCGGCGAACCCCCCAACCCCAAACGCCUGCUGGGCUUUGCUUCACGUCCCACCAAACUGGCCAUGGGUCGACUGGGCAUCUUCUCUGUCUCUUCCUUCCAUGCACUGGUAUCGGCCCGUACAGAAAGUAGCAUCAGGAGGCGGAACCAGGCCAUGCCUCGCACCUUCAGCAAACGCCGUAGCCGUUUCUCUUCCCUCUGGGGCCUGGACACCACCUCCAAAAGGAAGACCAAGGGACAUCCUUCAAUCAACCAGGUAUUUGUUGAUGGAAUGGAGCCGGUGAGAAAGCCCUUGGAACGGAUGUUUGAAGACUCCGCCAGUGAGAAAUCUAAGGAGAAAGAGGGCUCGGAGAAAAGUCUUCCUCAGCAAAACAUAGACAGCGACAUUUGGGUUCCUGAUUACCUGACUCCCUCCUGGGUAUGUCUCCCGAACAAUCAGCCUGUCCUGGCCAUCAUACAGCCUGGUGAGACAGUGCUGGAAGUCCUAAGCACAGUAUGCAAGACCCAUAAGAUAGACCCAUCCAGCCACUACCUGCGUCUGAAGGUGUGGAUUGACAACCAAAUGCUCUUCUAUGUUCCUAAACUUGAAGAGGACAUCUCUGAUCUGCUCUACAAAGAGAUUGAGAUUUGUCCCAAAGCUACCAAGGUGAUCCGCUUUGACAAAGCUGAGUCCUGCACCAUCGGAUAUGGUUUUUCCGUGGCGGUUAUAGAUGAGGAUGGGACGCAGCAGCUCCAUAUUACUGAAGUGAAAGCAGAGGGACUGGCCUUUGCUAAAGGUUUGAAAGCAGGGGAUGAGAUCCUGUUGCUGAAUGGUAAACCUGCGUCUGCCCUCCAAAUGGAUGACAUGAGGGCUGCGUUUUUAAACCAAGCGUUGACCUUGAGUGUCAGCACUGUGCCCCAGCUGGACCCUUUGGUGCUCUGCUCUCUUCCACCCCGGCGUGCUGAUGGGGAGCAGGAACUAGCCACAGACAUCUUCUCCCAGAGCCAAGAGGACAUCCUGGAUGAGGCUUCGGGGUUGACAGUAGAAAGUCCAGAUGAUAGUAUGGUGGAAGGAACUCGGCUGAGCCUGCACAGUCCAGAUCAUCAGGAAGACAAGACCGGCACGGGGGCUGGCCAGAAGAGCACAGAGCAGGUCACUGCAUUCUGCCGCAGUCUCCAUGAUAUGAAUCCCCUGGAGUGCCCUAUGUCAUCCUCCUCAUCCUCGUCUUCGUCAUCCCUCUCCCCGAGCCCUGUGUCAGCUUUGCCGCCCACAGCAGGCACUGCCACACAGAGACAGCUCUCCCACACAGAUAAACUCCGCAAGGUCAUCAAUGAACUGGUGGAGACAGAGAAGACUUACGUCAAAGACCUGAGAUGCCUAAUAGAGUGCUAUUUGACACCCUUGCAGAAAGAGAGCUUCCUCACACAGGAUGAGCUGGACGUUUUGUUUGGUAAUCUUGGGGAGAUGGUGGAAUUCCAGGUGGAAUUUCUCCGGACGCUGGAGGAUGGAAUCAGACUGGUGCCAGAUCUAGAUCGAUUGGAAAGGGUGGAGCAGUUUAAGAAAGUGCUGUUCUCCUUAGGUGGUUCAUUCCUGUAUUAUGCUGAUCGCUUCAAAAUCUACAGCGCCUUCUGUGCCAGCCACACAAAGGUCCCAAAAGUCCUGACUAAAGCCAAGACUGACCGUGAUUUCAAGGCUUUCCUGGCUGAGAGAAACCCCAGACAGCAACACUCAUCAACUCUUGAGUCUUACCUGAUCAAACCCAUUCAAAGGGUCCUCAAGUACCCACUGCUGCUGAGGGAGCUCUACUCUCUCACAGACCCUGACAGUGAGGAACACUACCACCUGGAUGUUGCAAUGAAGGCCAUGAACAAGGUUGCAAGUCACAUCAAUGAGAUGCAAAAGCUUCAUGAGGAGUACGGAGCCGUUUUCGACCAGCUCAUCAACGAACAGACUGCAGUUAAAAAAGAGGUGGCUGACCUCUCAAUGGGGGAUCUUUUGUUACACUCCACUGUGGUGUGGAUCAACCCUCCAAGCUCUUUGGGCAAAAGCAAAAAGGACCCAGAUUUGGCUGCUUUUGUGUUCAAAACAGCAGUUGUAUUUGUGUACAAAGACUGCUCCAAGCAUAGGAAAAAAAUUGGCGGAUCUCACCGUGUGUCUGUGAGUGAUGAAAAGGAUCCUUUCCGUUUUCGUCACAUGAUCGCAACUGAUUCUCUGCAAGUUCGUGCCCUUGCAAACUCCGAGGGUACAGCAGUGUGUGAGAUAGUUCACACAAAGUCCGAAUCUGAGGGAAGACCAGAAAAAACCUUCCAGUUGUGCUGCAGUUCUCCAGAUAGUAAGAAGGACUUCCUGAAAGCAGUCCAUUCCAUCCUAAGGGAAAAGCAGCGCCGCCAGCUACUUAAAACUGAGUCUCUGCCACCCAACCAGCAGUACGUUCCAUUUGGGGGGAAGCGCCUGUGUGCCCUCAAAGGGGCACGGCCCACCAUGGACAGAGCAGCUUCAGCUCCAUCUCGAACGCUGACCCGCAGGAAGCUGGUGAGGAACCGCUUCACCAUCGACACAGACCUAGUUUUCCAUGGCAACAACAACAAUAGCAACGAUUCCACCCCCUCCCGCCACUCUACCUAUCCUUCCUCCUAUUCGCCGCUGUCCCAGCAUGCCCUUCUUCAAUCCCAUAAGCCUCAAGGUGAGGACACAGACCGUUGGGUGGAAGAGCAGUUUGACCUGGGCUGCUAUGAAGACCAGGGUGAGGGCAUUGACGUGGGGCAGGUGAAAGAGACGGACAUUUUGAGUGACGACGACGAGUACUGCAAAUCUGUCAGAGCUGCAUCAUCGGAAUCUGUUGACCUGCAGGGGAAGAUGGACAGACUCAACCUGCAUGGUGGAGAGGCGAGGAGCCACAAUCUGAAUGGACGAGUAGAAACUGGAAGUGAGGGCAUUAUGCAGCAGGAGGAAGUUGAUCGAAUGAAGCGCAGUGACGAUUCAGGUUCAGUAGACUCCUUCACCUCCUGUGGCGUCCCUCUGUCACGAUGUGCAACCCCCACUUUAAAGCUUGCCCCUUUGAAGCAGUGUGCCGUGGAGGGGGCCGCAAACAAGGACCAUGAUGUCAUCUGGGUGCGGCGGGACGACUUCACUAACGGGUGCAACAGUGACGUCUUCUGA